AUAAUAGCGUACAGCGGCGCGUACCUGUUCCUCGUGUUCAUCGCCGUCUGCCUCGCCACGGGGUUGUACUACCUCGCGGAGAUGGUCGAAGAGCACACGCGCCUGACGAAGCGCGUCUUGCAGUGGAGCAUCAAGAUCUCCGUGGGCGUGAACGUCCUGCUGCUGAUCGUGGACGGGAUGCCGUUCAGCUGCGUCGCCGUGUCGCUCGCCGCGCUGGGGUGCUACCAGACGCUGCUCAAGCGUUUCCCGUUCAUCGAGGCGACGUCCCCGGAGUUCAUCGGCAGCGCGCUGUUCCUCGUCGCGAACCACGUGAUGUGGCUGCGGCACUUCCGAGGCGACGCGUACGAAUACGAGCAUCACACGCUGGAGUAUCACCUCGGGUUCUUCCUGAUGAUCGUGUGGAUCGUCCCGUUCGGGUUCUUCAUCUCCCUCGCCGCGAACGAGAGCGUCUUACCGAGC